AUUAUUGUUUAUCCUUGGUGUAUGCGAGUUUGACAGUUCCACUUUCUGUUUGCUCCUCCCAGUGCAUACUUGCGGCAGGUAGCCAGCAAGGAUGCGCCGUAAUGUUGCUGGUCCCAAGGAGAGUUUCCUCAAUGCAGCGGGUAUGCGUGUACUAUGCCGGGAUUUCGGGUUUCGGCAGACCAUUUUGUUAAAAUGACGAUGACUAUAAGCUGUGGCAGAAGAAAUCGUAUUUGUCAACAGCGGUAGUGACCAAGUACUAUAGAGUAUAGAGCUUGACAUUUAUUUCCCCAACCGGGUUCCCGGGUUCCUUGCUUCUGAACAUGAGCAAAACCGGCUAGGCGCUUCGGGAAAUUUGUAUACGUCGUGACCACAGUUUGUCUCAGACAGUUACGUGCAUGAGCUAGUCUAGGCAAUAGAUUGACAACAUCAUGACUUUGACCCUGAGGCUCAGCCCCGAAUGCUCAGCUCGUGGCAUCGAAAUAUGAUUCGCCAUCAUAUCGUAUUCGCAGUUGAUCUGUGUUUUCUGUCAAGUCUGGAGGUGGUGCUUGGUUGCAAAGUCGAGUUGGUGGGUGAGAUUUUUUGGGGAGAGACCCUUGACAAGCUUGACUUUUUCAUGAGCUUCACCUGGACUAGACAUGAAUGUCCACAUGACAAACUGCAUCAUUCACUGCAACUUGCCGCAAAACCAGGGCGGAUUUGAAAACGUUAAUUCGACGAGUCUAUCG